CGAGGGCAAAGGGGCAACGCGUCCAACCGGCCGGACCUCACCGGCUCAUCCCUCAUCGCCCUAGUCCCCAAGGGCCAAGUCCCCAACCCCGGCUGACGACUGUGCCCGUCUCCUUCCCUGAUUCAUCCGCAAGCCCACCCGUCGGCGAUCGUCCAUGACGGAGGAUCGAGCGCACAAGGUCGCCGACGAGCCCGCCGCCUCAGGCAGGCAAAGACCUGAAAGGAAGAAGAGGAAGUGGGAUCAACCCGCGGAGGACUUGGUCUCCGCGGCGGUGACGGCUGCUGCCGUGUCGGGGAUGCCUGUGAUGAAUUUCGGUGCUCUUCCUGGCGUUGUACUGCCUGGCGUCACCGCAUAUGGAGCUGCUACAUUGCCAAGUGUAGUCCCUGUUCCGUAUUCAUUGCCGCCCCAUAUUGCACCAUCGGUGCUCCAGAAUGCUGCUGCAGCAGCCCAGAAAUUGAGUCAGGCAAAAAUACCAGAUGAGGUCAUUGCACGGGAAAUUGUUAUAAACGAUGCAGAUCCAUCUGUGCGAUAUAAGCUUACAAAACGACAAACACAAGAAGAGAUUCAGAAAUGCACAAACACUGUCAUCAUUACCAGGGGAAAAUAUCACCCUCCAAAUUUACUUCCUGAUGGUGAGAAGCCCCUCUAUCUACAUAUCUCUGCUGGAUCUCAGUUGAAAGAUACUGCUGAGCGCAUUAAGGCAGUUGAUCGUGCAGCUUCAAUGAUUGAGGAAAUAUUGAAACAAGGAACAACCUCAGAGUCCAUAUCGGUCCCUUUCUCCUCUAGCACUGGACAAGCUGUUCGUCCUUUUAGUGCCUCAGUUUUUUUGGGUUUUGAUGCAGAUCCAUCAUUGAAUAUCACAGCUCGAAUCCGUGGUCCAAAUGAUCAGUACAUAAAUCAUAUCAUGAAAGAAACAGGGGUUACUGUUGUACUAAGAGGAAAAGAUUCGGAGAAUCUUGGCAGUUGUCAUAGUGAAGCCUCACAACAACCUCUACACCUAUACCUCACAAGUAUGCAUUUAAAGAACCUAGAAGCUGCAAAAGUUUUGGCAGAGAACCUCCUGGAUACAGUAGCAGCAGAAUUCGGUGCUUCCAGAAUUUCUUCUUCAAAAGUAUAUGGUGCUGUUCCACCUCCUCAGCAGUUGUUAGCUGGUGUCGACACCUCAGGAACGAAAUCAGAUGUUCACUAUAUUGUAGGGCCCAAUGUGUUAUCGGGAGCUACACAUUCCUUUGCAUCUACUGGAGUUAUUGCUCCUGUUGUUGCUCCUGCAGUGACAGUGCAAUCAGGGGCUCCAACAUAUUCUGGGGUUCCACUACCCAGUAACAUGGCCUAUCCUAUUCCACCAGCAAACGGUGGGGCAUUUUACAGUGGUUAUGGGGACAUUUAUCCCCAAGCAACUCCGUUGCAGCAGCUGGCAUUCACACUCAAGCAUGCCUCAUCGUCGGCAACUCAGGCUGUUCCAGUGACGUCCACACCAACAAGCAUGGCUACAAAGGGGAACUCAAUCUUGGAUGCGGAGAUGGAUAAACGAUCCCGAAGGAAAUUCCAGGAACUACCGGUUUCGAAGGGCCCAGCAACAGAAAGUCAGAACUCACAACAGGGGUCCAAAUUUGUUAAGACAGGUUUAGAUAGUUCAGGUAACAUUGGGAGCUCAUCAAUUGCACCUCCGAAGAAAGUUCACCCUGGAUCAAAUGGAAUGCUUCCGCAAGAAGAAGCGGAUAUGCCAUCACAUCUCUCUAUAUCCACUAAGAUGCUACCACCACCCCUGAAGAGCAUGCUGCCACUGCCACCCAGAAGCAUGCCCCCACCACCACCUAAGAGCAUGCCUCCACCGCCACCAAAAUUUCCUUCAGAUGAGUUUUUGUCAAGAAACGAGAACAAGUUUUUUCCUUUAAAGGAGCCAACAGCACCUCCAAGGUCCUUUGAUGCAAUAUCAGUCUUGCCAUCUGAACGACGACCAAGGGAGCCUAAGGAGGAAAAAACAAAAGGCACACCUGUGUCUGAUACUUUGCUGAAACUUAUUGAUUAUGGAGAUGACGACGAUGACGGCGAUAUUGAUGUGACAGACAACACACCUAAGGGCAAUCCAACUCCUGGUUCAGAGCAGAAACCAUUUUGGGCUGUUUAAAACUGGGUCUGCUAACGUAGUCUAGUGUGAAUUCUUGUUGAUAAGGAUGCUUGCUGCCUUGGUGCAUCUUCUGAAUUGAAGAGGCAAUCGAGCUCCUUGUUCGUGUACUGUAGUAAUUCUAACAGGCAAUGAGAUUUCUUUGAACUUGUAUUCAUUCUGGCCUAGUCAAAAUGAACCGUUUGUUGUUUUGGUUCAGAUACGAUGAUGUUUCGUUUUUAGAUUCGACGUUGGUUGCUGAACUCGUAGCAUUUUAAUGUCGGUAUUAUAUAAUUGUUAGAGCCUAUGUCAAUUUUGUAUCCACUGUCGUGCAAAUUUAAUUUUUGUAAUC